UCUAAAUAAAGUGAACGAUUGGCGCGUUUCUUAAAAUGGUAUUCAUCGGUAGAUUUUUGUACUGCCACCCAACGAAAGAAAAAUACAACUACGGCAUUGUUACACGAAUUAAAAAUUAUUAUAGAAGAAAUAAAAAAUAUCUUAAAGCUUUUUUUAAAAUGAAACAAUUUAUACUAACUUUAUCAAUUAGUGUAUGAGGUUAUACCUUUUGAAUGUUUGUCGUAAGAUUGAUGACAAAUCUUUUCCUUUCUUGGUUAUACCGGAAUACGCGCCAAUUAACGUUCAUACAUUUCCUUGAAACAUGAGAAAGUGAAACAAUGCAUUUAACUGUAUAAGAGUGAUAAGAAAUUUAUGGUUUUAUCAAAAACGUAGAUAUAUAAUAAAGUUAAGUAAUCAAGAAUCAACUUGUGCAUGGUGUCAUCUUAGAACAUCAUAAACAUAUGGAUCUUUAAAAUAGGUAUAAAAAUAAUGUCUAUAUAUUUGCAAUCUUUAUGGAUACGCUUACACAUUGUAUUUGUAGAGAAUAAAUUCAGAUAAUGGGGUUAUGCAGUUUUCGAUGGAAAGUAUUGCUGAUUGUUAUUACAAUCAUACUUCUAUGGCAAUCUUCGAAAAUAUUGUUAUCGUUUACACAAGAUCAUGUUGCAGAAGCAGAAGAAUUUUUGGAAAGCAAAUCAAUGUUAAUAGAGCAAAAAGCUAAUCCAAAAGAAAUAAUUCAUAUAACUGUAUAUUAUGAAACAUUGUGUCCUGAUUCUCGAAGUUUCUUUGUAAAGCAUUUAUUGCCAACAUAUAUGAAACUGAAAGAAAAUGUAGAGGUCACAUUGAUACCAUAUGGGAAAGCUAUGACUACACAAAAUGAUUAUACUUAUGAAUUUAAAUGUCAACACGGACCAAUUGAAUGCCAAGGGAAUAUGAUACAUGCAUGCGCCAUUGAUCUUAUAAAAGAUCAAUCACUUCUAUUGAAUUACUUAUCUUGCAUGAUAAAAAAUAAUAUAGAACCAGUAAAUAUAAUGGAAGUUUGUGCACAGAAAAUGAAUGUGGACUUUAAUGUUAUUUUGAAAUGUUAUUCUGGAGCAAAAGGAAAAGAACUUUUAGCUAGAUAUGGAGAAAGGACAAGUGCUCUUAAGCCACGAAUUUCUUUUAUACCUACAAUCUCUCUUAAUAAUAGUGUUAAGGACCAGGCUAAAAUCUUGAGAAAUUUAUUACAAGAAGUAUGUUUACUGUUUAAAAUCAAACCUGAAGGUUGUCUAUGAUCAAAGUAUAUUAUAUGUUAAAUGAUGAUUUUAAUUGAUGAGCUUCUUUAUUUGAAUCUGAUGAAUUCGAAAUAUAUUUUUGAAAACACUUA